AUGCGGCCCUACGAAACCGUCAGCCGACGAGUCUGGCGGUUUCGUGAUGUCCGGAUAUGGCUGGUCAUCGGGCUGAUUGUUCUGGCCCUCCUGGCACUGUGGGUGGUUCAAGCAUUUCAGCUGACACCGCUGCUCGCGCCGCCGUCCCAGGCGAUUUCCUCGCAAAGCUCGUCAGCACAGCCUCACGAUUGGGCCUCGGUGCGGAGGGACACGGGCGGCACGGCAUGGUCGCCGGGCUCGGCCACAGCUCCGCCGUUCUCCGUUCGGUGGGAGAUUGCCACUCCGGGCACGGUCCUGGGCACUCCAGCGGUGUCGGGAGGCCGGUUGUUCUUCGCCACCGACGACGGCCUCGCGAUCUCCGCGGAUGCCGAAAGCAGCGAAACUCUCUGGACGUACGACCUCGGUUCGCCCUCGGACAGCGCGCCGGCGGUCGCGGGGGAUCUCGUGUUUCUGGGUACGAGGGACCAUCGCGUCCUGGCGCUGGACCGAGACACCGGUGCACUGCGCUGGCAGCACGAUCUGGGAAACAUCGUGCUUGGCUCGCCCAUCGUGGUAGACGGAACGGUGUACAUCGGGUCGACCAACGGGGCGUUGGAAGCGCUGGACGCGAGCAACGGGCAAUUCCGAUGGUCUGCUGACGCCAAUGGCUGGGUGGUCGGCCACCCGGCGUCGGAUGGCACGGUGGUGGCCGCAACAUCCCUGGGAGAGCGCUUCAUAACGGUGGAUCCCAACACCGGACGCCGCCGCCUGGUUUUCUACUCCGGAACACCGGUGGCGGGAGGGCCCGUUAUCGCCGAUGGCCGCGCCUACUUCGUUACCAAUCGCGGCGCGGUCUGGGCGGUGGACCCUGAGGCCGUGAGCUGGCCGUUCAGCCGAUUUGCCUACGUGGCCAAGAUCAACUUUUUCGCCUGGCGUCUGCGAUCCGACCCGCCGCGGCAGACCGGCACCCUGUGGGUAGGCUCGGCGCGCGGCAAGGUCAAAUACAGCCCUGCCUAUGCCAGCGGAAACCUGUUCGUGGUCAAUGAAGCAUCCCGGGUGACGGCAUUCGACGGCUCGUCGGGAUCGGUGGUUUGGGCAGCACAAAUGGACGCCGAGGUGGUCGCGGAACCGUUGGUGUCGGGUGAUACGUUGGUGCUCGGCACCGCCGACGGCCAGCUCCACGGUUUGGAACGCCGGCACCGGCGCGGCACUGUGGCUGCACGACAUGGGCGACUACCCGCUGUCCGCCGCGCCAUCAGUGUCCGGCCGGACGCUGUAUCUACCCACGACGGACGGCAGGCUCGUGGCACUGGAGGGCCGAUGAAGCCGGCGCGGCCAGCGCGGACUACGGCGGCCCAUCCUCGGUUGACGGUCGAUUCUCCCGUGCCUAUACUCGCCGCACAUUCCGAGAGACAGCCGGGAGCGCACGAUCCGAGAUGA